CGUGACGUGACGGAGUUGACGUGUGACAACAGAAAAACAGAUGCCGGCCGGAUCGAUCCAGGGCCAGGCAAGGUGGAAGAUUAGCCACCACAAGAACAGCAUAGUCCUGAGCUGAGUUGGUCAAAUAAUGGCAAAUACCGAUGACACCAUGGAGAACAUCGUGGAGAGGAUGGGCAGCCUUCCUAUAGUCAACACAACAGUUCACCAGGUGUCAACCCUUUACUCCAGCACUAAGGAGCGGUGGUGGGUGGCCAGGUGCACGCUAGGUUUGGCUGAAAGGUCUCUGCAGAUGGCAGCAUGGACAGCAAAGCCAGUAGCGGAGAGAAUGGGCAUGGAUUUUGAUGGCACCGUGGCCAUGGCCAAUCAGUAUGCCUGCCGUGGGCUCGACGUACUGGAAGAGAAGGUACCACUGCUCACGAAACAGCCAGGACAGAUUGUUGAGGAAACUAAGAAAGCUGUGGACAGCAAAGUGCAGGCUGGGAGCAAACGUCUCCUGCAGACCAGCCUAGGGCAGGUGAUAUGGUGGACAACUGACACAGCACUGGACAUCACUGAGAGAUGUGUGGAGUAUUACCUUCCCAACAGAAAGAAAGAUGAUGAGAAAGAGGUCGAACAGGUGCCUAAGGCUGCAGAGACAGAAAAGUCGCUUCUUGUGAGGGCAACGACCCUGACAGACAAGGUUCACAGUAGGCUGAGUGAAGGAGCCAGCAUAAGGAUGAAGUCUGUGCAGAGGUGUGGCAGAGAGUUGCUAGACACACUCAGGGACAUGCUGGAACUGAUUGAGCGUGCAAAAGGUGAAGUAAACAUGGAGGUUCAAGGCGACCUGAUGUUGGUGUCCAAUCCAGUGUGUCAGGAGCCUGACAAGGAUGAGGACACACAGAGUCUGGAGAGACAGAGCCUGCAGGUGGUGGCCAGCCUGCUGCAGGAAGUUGGGUCCAUCUGCAGCCUGAUGGUGCUGCAGGUGUGGGCUCUGCCGCAGCACCUGCAGGACAACAUCACACAGGCCAAGGCAAUGGCUGACCAGCUGUACGACAGCUUCUGUAAGCGCCUCAGUGGAGGGGAGGCAUUGCCAGGGCUCGGGUGCCUGCACUGCCAGAUCCAUAGAGUGAUCAACACGUUGGUGUCCCUGACUGAUUUCAUCUGGACGCUCCCGCCCUUCCCCUGGCUGUACAGCGUGUACGUGCUAGUCAGGCUGGGGAGAGCCAUCAUGGCCGUGGCCUUGUACCAGAAAUAUGCUCUGUUUUUCCAAGAGAAGUACCUACUUUGCCAGGAAAAGUAUCUGUUGUACCUUCCAGGCACCAUCAGGCAUCAGGCGGAAGCCUUCGCCGACCUCCCAGGUAGCCUUCUCGGCCUGGCUCGGGCCCAGCUGGACACAGUUUCCGACACGUUGCUAACGGUGACAGAGUACAUGCUUAACCUGGCCCCUCUCCAGUGGCUGAUUCCAGAUGUGUGCUUAGUUGAUCUGGAAAAUAUAGACUUCGGCUUUGACGAAAUACUUGAGGAUUUAGAACUGAACGACGGAGGUGGCGGCGGAGGGGUGUAUGUGCCAUACUUCCAUCCCAGGAGACCUAUACAUGGAGCAUGAUGGGAAAUGCCAUAGAUCGUGUUUUAGAGCCGUGUAGAAUAAGAUAUGACUGAACAGAUGAGAUCUGUAAAAUGUGCUCUGUGGCAAUUUUUUUACUCAAAGUUGAAGGACACAAAGUGCCCAAGGUGGAUGCCAUCUUCAGCCAGUGUUGAACUUGAUCAUUCCUAACAUUGUUCUUACCAGAGAAAGAAACAGAAACCCAAUGUUUCAACUAGACUUUACCUUCUUUCCUUUGUUCUUGUUUAGAUUAUCUACUUUGCAAGGAAACAAAAUGGACAAAGGGCUCAGGUUUCAAACCAGUCUUUAUCCAGUUAGUGAAAAAUAUCUCCUUGCUAGUUGUCUUCUCAAAAUGUUUAAUUCAGUGUCACUUUACAAUUGUAUAUGUCUGUUGAAUGUCUAGUUUUGAAUCAUUCCGUUUUGUACUUUCUUAUGGAAUUCUAAAAUGACUGUAAAUAAUUGUAUAGGUUGUCUUGUGCAAGCAUGUCAUAGUAUGGUUUUCAAGUGCUAUAUACAUUCAAAUAGCUACCAAAAUGUCAAAAGAAGGGAAAUAUCAGUUGAAAAAGACAGAAAACAGGAAUGUUGUUUAUGUGUUGUGUUCUACUGUAACAGUUACAUAUCUAUGGUUAUAGUAUAGUAUAAUAUCUCUGUAUAACAGACUUAAUAACAUGUAUGUUUUUAAAGGAAUUAUUGCUUUUAAUGUGAAAUAUCUAUUAAGAUAUAAAUGUUUGUAAUGUAUGCAUAUUGUAGAUUUUAUUUAACUUGUGGAUCAAGUUGUUGUGGAAGAAAGGGUAAUAAUGAAGUAACAAUAUAACGGGAAAUGUUGUUUUCUAACAUUCAAACAGGGAUACAGAAGUGAUGUGAAAUGCAUCCUUCAAUAUUGCAGCUCAAUUUAUGUUUGAAUCUAGCCUUGGUACGUUAAAUAUUUAAAUAUUAUAUAUUGUUUUAUAUAAAGCAGAACGUUAAUGUCUUGAAAAGCUGAUGAUUGCCAUGAAAAGUUGAUAAUGAGAGGUGAAUAGGCUACAGAAGGUACGAGAUGUGAUGCAAUGACAGAUAACAGUGAAGAAGAGGUGCAAUGUAGGAAUGUUACUUGAAAAGGCAACACAUGUACUAGCAUGAAAGUUCAUCGGUGUUGGUAUGAAGCAUUAUGGAAAAGAUUGAUACAGAUUUGGAGAGUGAGGAGUUUACAUUGAGACAUGUAUGAGAAUCUGGCAUGUGCAAUCCAUAAUUCAGGAGACCUGUAUAAGUUUGGGAGGUUUUAGGGCGUGUUCAGCCCAUUACCUGGUAUUUGUGAUCAACUAUGGAAAAAGUAAGACAAGAGAAUGAAGAUUAUCAUAUGUCUUAAUGUGUGUUUAAUCAUGAAUAUUUGAAAAACUAUACAAAUGCCCAUCCUGUUAGUGUUACGUUCAUGACAUUGUACAUGUGCUCUUUAAAAACUUUACAUAAUAAGGCAGUGUAAAAGCUGA